AUGCUCAAACAAUUCUUUUUUCUUCUUUCUUUAUUGAACAUUUCCAGUUGUAUUAUUGUUCCAUUAAUAGGUAACGAUUGGAUAAUAAAUAAUCACAAUGGAUCAUAUAAUAUCCGAGGUGAAGUACCCGGUACAAUUCAUACAAUUCUUUUCGCUGCAAAUCAAAUCAGCGAACCUUAUCGGGGUUAUAAUGAUGUUAAUCUUCGUUAUUUAGUUUACGACUUAUGGACAUUUAGAAAGAAUUUCUCGUUGACAAAUGACAUACUAUCAUUGACAAAAUUCACAAUUCAUUUUGAUCAAAUUGAUACAAUUGCAAAUAUCACGUUAAAUCAAUGUUUUCUUGGACAAACAAACAAUAUGUUUGUAGGAUAUUCAUUUGAUAUUACGAGAAACUGUUUAAAAUCAACAAAUGAACUUCGACUAGAUUUUGAGUCCCCAGUUAUCUACGCAUUAGAUCAAUCUCAAUCUUACAAUGAUAGUGUUCCUCCAUUCUGUCCACCUGAUAUUCAACACGGUGAAUGUCAUGUUCAAUUCAUUCGAAAAGAACCGUGUUCAUUCAGUUGGGAUUGGGCUCCGGCUUUUGUUCCAAUUGGUAUACCUGGUCAUCUUUAUCUUGAAGGAACCACUAGUGAAACAAUAUUAAUCAACCUGGANUCCCCAGUUAUCUACGCAUUAGAUCAAUCUCAAUCUUACAAUGAUAGUGUUCCUCCAUUCUGUCCACCUGAUAUUCAACACGGUGAAUGUCAUGUUCAAUUCAUUCGAAAAGAACCGUGUUCAUUCAGUUGGGAUUGGGCUCCGGCUUUUGUUCCAAUUGGUAUACCUGGUCAUCUUUAUCUUGAAGGAACCACUAGUGAAACAAUAUUAAUCAACCUGGAAAGUGUUAAUAUUGCAUCAUAUCAAUCAUCGUAUAAACAAUGGCAAGUGGAUAUUUCAUUAAGUUCUCAAAAUCCACCAUUUGCAAGUCAAUUGAAAUUUGUUUUAGAAAAAACUUCGUUUGUGUUUCAAACAAAUGUCACAUUUAAAUCAAAUCUAUCGAUUUCACUAGCAAUUCCCAACGAAAUGAUCCAACUUUGGUGGCCAAAUGGGUAUGGAAAUCAGACACUGUAUCAAUUCUCAGUUUAUAAUCAAGAUCAACUCGUUGGAUCUCGUUCAAUUGGUUUUCGAACAAUUCAACUUAUUCAAGAUAGUUAUGGUUCACAUAUAAAUGGAACAUCGUUCUAUUUCCUUAUUAAUAAUCAUCCAAUUUAUAUCAAAGGUAGUAAUUGGAUUCCACCCGAUGCAUUUCAAGAACGUGUCACAGAUCAAAGAUUGGAAAGAUUACUUCGCUCGGCUCAAUUAGCGAAUAUGAAUAUGUUGAGAGUUUGGGGCGGAGGAAUUUAUGAACGAGACUCUUUCUAUGACAUUGCCGAUCGAUUAGGAAUUCUCUUGUGGCAUGACUUUAUGUUUGCUUGCAGUCUAUAUCCAGUUGAUGAUUUAUUUCUGACAAAUGUUUAUAAUGAAGUUGUUUAUCAAGUUAGACGACUUCAAUCACAUCCAUCCAUUGCACUUUGGUCAGGAAACAAUGAGAAUGAACUCGCUGUUGCACAAAAUUGGUAUCGAAUUCCCACAGAAAGAAUUCCCAAAAUCAAAAAUGAUUAUCGGAAAUUAUAUGUUGAUACAAUCAUGAAGGCCAUUAAACAAAUAGAUAGAGGAAAUAAUCGGCCCUUCAUCACGUCAUCACCAACAAAUGGACCUGAAUCCAUUGAAGAAGAUUAUAUUGCCACAAAUCCUCAAGACCCACUUUAUGGUGAUGUUCAUUUCUAUGGUUUUACUAAUGACACAUGGAAUCCCAAUACAUAUCCCAUUACUCGAUUUUUGUCUGAAACAGGAAUGAAUUCUUUACCAAGUCUGGAUUCUUGGCUUCAAGUAACAUCAAAUCUAAGUGAUUUACAGUUUGGAAGUUCGUUUUUCGAACAUCGAAAACACGAUACUAAAGUGGAUAAUAUAUUGUAUGUUAAAAAACANUUAGGUGAUGUUCAUUUCUAUGGUUUUACUAAUGACACAUGGAAUCCCAAUACAUAUCCCAUUACUCGAUUUUUGUCUGAAACAGGAAUGAAUUCUUUACCAAGUCUGGAUUCUUGGCUUCAAGUAACAUCAAAUCUAAGUGAUUUACAGUUUGGAAGUUCGUUUUUCGAACAUCGAAAACACGAUACUAAAGUGGAUAAUAUAUUGAGACAAAUCAAAAGUAAUUUACCAAUUCCAGUAACAACUGAUUCGUUGAAAAAUUUCUCGCAAAUGAUAUACUUGAGUCAGAUAAAUCAAGCGAUGACGUUGAAAAGCAUCAGUGAUGUGUGCCGAUUACAUUCAUCAAUCGAGAUGAUCGACCCAAAAACGAGUCAGGGGCAUACGAUGGGCUUGAUGUAUUGGCAAAUAGGUGAUUUUUGGCAAGCGCCAACAUCGUCUACAGUCGAAUACGAAUUAAAAUGGAAAAUGGCUCAUUAUUAUGUUCAAAAUAUGUAUGAAUUUGUUUACCCAUUAAUUGUUCUUCAACCUUAUUUAGCGAAUAUUACUGAUGAAAAAGCACAACUUUCAUUUUAUGUUGUUAACGAGCUGUUCACUGGUGUAAAAGGUCAAUUAUUGUGUUCAUUGGUACCAGUUGAUCAAUUCUCUGUUCGAUUAUCAUUUAAAUUCAAUGUUUCGAUUGAUUUUCCAACUGUUCAACACGUCAUUGACUUGCCGUAUUCAACAAUUAUGAGAACUGCUGGUUGUUUGAAUAAUAGCCAAUGUGUUCUUCAUUGUCAUUUAGACAAUGACAAAAAAUUCAUUGAGCAAACUUUAUUUUUGACCCAACCAAAGAAUUAUGAACUGUCUCAACCAAAUCUUCGAAUCGAAAAACUUGACAAAAUCACCUCAACGGAUGUGAACAUCACACUAACAGCAACAAAUCCUGCUUUAUUCGUUUGGCUUGAUGUUCCUUUGAAUAUCAGUGGAUAUUUUUCUGAAAAUGGAUUCCAUAUGUUUCAAUCGAUGAAAUUCAUUACUUUUCAUUCAUGGGCACCAAUGAUCAAUUUGGACAAAACUGAUUUUGAUCUUCGUAUUACUUCAUUAUUUGAUACGACACAAUCGUGA